ACACAAUCGUCUCUUUUGUGUAAUCAUCGGAGAAUCACAAAAAUGGGAACCCUAGGACGAGCAAUUUACACUGUGGGUAACUGGAUUCGUGGAACUGGUCAAGCUCUUGAUCGCGUUGGUUCUCUUCUUCAAGGAAGCCACCGCAUCGAGGAACAUCUGUCGAGGCAUCGGACGUUGAUGAAUGUGUUUGAUAAAUCUCCAUUGGUUGAUAAAGAUGUGUUUGUUGCUCCGAGUGCUUCUGUUAUUGGUGAUGUUCAGAUCGGAAAAGGCUCCUCCAUUUGGUAUGGUUGUGUUCUUCGAGGUGAUGUGAAUAACAUCAGUGUUGGAUCCGGGACGAAUAUCCAAGACAAUACGCUUGUACAUGUUGCGAAAACCAACAUAAGUGGCAAGGUUCUACCUACUUUAAUUGGGGACAAUGUAACAGUAGGUCAUAGUGCUGUCAUUCAUGGGUGUACUGUUGAGGAUGAGGCUUUUGUUGGAAUGGGAGCUACACUACUUGAUGGUGUGGUGGUUGAGAAACAUGCCAUGGUUGCUGCUGGUUCCCUUGUGAAACAGAACACGCGAAUCCCUUCUGGAGAGGUGUGGGGAGGAAAUCCAGCAAAGUUCAUGAGAAAGUUAACAGAUGAAGAGAUAGUAUACAUCUCACAGUCAGCAAAGAACUACAUCAAUCUUGCACAGAUUCACGCCUCAGAGAAUUCAAAGUCAUUUGAUCAGAUCGAGGUUGAGAGAGCGCUCAGGAAGAAGUAUGCACGCAAGGACGAGGAUUACGAUUCAAUGCUUGGAAUUACCCGUGAAACCCCACCCGAGUUGAUUCUUCCCGACAAUGUCUUACCAGGUGGUAAACCCGUCGCCAAGGUUCCAAGUACUCAGUACUUCUAAUUCCAGUAUCAGGUUGUUUUUGUGUGUUGAAAUCAUUUCAAGACAGGAUUGAUUCUCUGGAAGGUCAAGAGAGAGAUUAUUUUGGUUUUCACUUUUCUUCCGAGCAAGCAGGAGAUUUAUCAUCCUUGCUCAAUAAUGUACCGUUGCAUUA